CGGGGUGCGGAAACCUGCCGUGCGCGCGCUCGGCCCCCCUCAGACGCGCCGGGAAGGACCUCCUCCCCGUCCCCGGGCCCCGCCUGGAUCCCGGUCCCAGGAAGAGAUGGCACUUCGCCCUUCGGCGGGAGGCGGCGGCCGCAGGUCGGAAGGCCAUCGGCUUCGGGGGCCCGCCUGCAGCCUGCCGGCCUUUCCUCCGACCCCGCCCCCGGAUCGGGGUCAGAGGAGCAGCAUGGAGGCCGAGGACCUCCAGGAGGAGCUGAGCUGCUCCAUCUGCCUGGACUAUUUCGAGGACCCGGUGUCCAUCGAGUGCGGCCACAACUUCUGCCGCGACUGCCUGCGCCGCGGUUUGGCGCAGGGCUGCAACCAGUUUCCCUGCCCCGAGUGCCGGCGGCCGUCGACGCCCUCUGCGCUGCGGCCCAACUGGGCCCUGGCCCGGCUGGCGCAGAAGGCGCGGCGCCGGCGCGAGGGCCCCGCGUCCCGCGGGCUGUGCGACCGUCACGGGGAGCCGCUGCGGCUCUUCUGCGAGGACGAUCAGCGACUCAUGUGCAUGGUGUGCAGGGAGUCCCAGGAGCACCAGGCCCACACCAUGGCCCCCAUGGACGAGGCCUUCCAGAGCUACCGGGGAAAACUUCUGGAGGCUCAGUGUCAUCUGACGGCCAAGUUGGAGAAAGCCAUUGGUUUGCAGGACUUGGAGAUGAAGAAUACUGCAGAGUGGAAGGAGAAGAUGAAGAAUCAGCGCCUGAGACUCAGCGCGGAGUUCGCAAAGCUGCGUCUCUUCCUGACUGAGGAAGAGCAGUUGUUUCUUCAGAGACUGAGCCAAGAAGAAGAAGAGACGAAGAAGAAACAGAGAGAGAAGACGUUAAGGCUCAGUCAGAUGGUCAGUGCCUUGAAGCAGCUCAUCUCAGAGGUGAAGGAGAAGAGCCAGAGCCCCGAGCUGGAGCUGCUUCAGAAUCCAAAAGAUGUGUUGACCAGGUGUGAGAACCAGGACGUCAACUAUUCCCUUGAAGUUCUGCAUGUGAAGACUGUGUGUCAGCUUCCAAUGGUGAAGGAGCUGCUGAAGCGAUUCCAAGUGCCUGUAAAUCCCGCUCUGGACACAGCUCACCCCAAACUUGUCUUCUCCCAGGAAGGGAGAUACAUGAAAAAUGGAGCAGCAGCAGCCGGCUCUUGGCCGUUGACUACCGCCUGGAGCUACUUGGCUGGAUGGAGGAGUCAUCAGAAGACCGCAGGCUUUGUGGAGAGGUUUCGGCACCUGCCCUGUGUUUUGGGACAAAAUGUUUUCACUUUGGGAAAAUACUACUGGGAAGUUGAGAACCGAGGUGACCUGGAGGUCGCGGUGGGGGUGUGUCGGGAGGACGUCAUGGAGGUGACGGAGGACUCCGAGAUGUCCCCGUUUGUGGGCAUCUGGGCCAUCUGCUGGAGCUCUGCUGGCUUUCGGCCCCUCACAAGGCCCCCUGCGAGUCCCACCAAGCGGGAGCCAGCUCUCCACGGGGUGGGCAUUUUCCUAGAUCAGGGGGCCGGGGAAGUCUCCUUCUACAGCGCCGCGGAGGGGGAGCACCUGCACACUUUCUCCUGCCCUGUCUCCAACCUCCGGCCAUUUUUUUGGUUGAGCCCAUUAGCAUCUUUAUUCAUCCCACCGGUGACGGGUGGGAAGUGAGGCUGUCCUUCCCCGGCCCAGGACACCUCCCCUUUGGCCCUCAGCCCCCACACACAUGCACCCUCCGUGGUGCAUCGGUGGUGUCCAGAUUCUAGUUUCUUGUUUUGUUCGGCUCCCUGGAUGUCCUGUGCCGUCACAGAUGUGGGGACUCUGCCGGGCACCUUUCCAGGAGCCGCUGGCCCGCUUCUCACUUCUUCUGGUUCUUUCCAAUUGAACUGCUCCCUGUACACUCUCUGGGUGCUUCAGGCCCAUGUGAUGUAGUUCUGGCCAACGAGUUAGUGAGAAAGUCUCCUAGGGGCUUCUAGGGAAGGUCAUGGAGCCCUUAGAAAGGGAUGCCAGUGAGACACACGGCCCCUCUCCUGCCGUCAGCAGCUCUGCUGGAACUGAGAGGAGUGCAGGGAGGAUGAGAGGAAGGAGGCGCGGGCAGUGUUGGCCGCACGAAAUGGCUGGAGUGCCCAGAUCCCAGAUUUCUUAUUGCAUGAGAUUACUGCUCCAUUUUUGUAGAAGGCAGUUUUACUUACGUUUUGGUCACUUGCCGUCUGAAGUGUCCUGACCAGUGUUGCAGGCCCACAGGGUGGACAGCUCACUUUUUUCUGAAAUUGGACAGACUGAUAGCAUUGCUUUUUUUCAGGCAUGUAAUUCCUCUUCUUUCCAGUAAGUACUGAGGUCCCUUCCUUGCCUAGGUUAGAGAAUCAAGGCAGACUUUCUUUACUCUUGCCUGUGCUGCUGCCCGACCAUGUCUCUGCCCUCAAGGGCUCGUCGUGCUCUGCCUUUGUCAAGUUCAUGUAUUGUGUGCACGGGGCCAUUAACACCAGGGCAGAAACGUUGGGAAACACUCAAGUAUUUACCCACUGUUAGCCUCUUCACAUAAUGCUUCUGCAUGACUUCCAAUCGCCCAGUGAAGUGGACAUUAAAAUCCUGUCCUUACAAAGGAGAAAACACCUUUAGCAUAACUCUAGCCGUACUGCCCAGCUGGCUUGUUGAAUCCAGGUCUGUCUGAGAUGAGGGCCUCUGCUCUUUUCUCCUCCACGUGUACCUGUGAGCAUUUGGAAUGCUGACUCUCACUCACCAGCAUCUGCAUUUCGGGUUUUAACUCUGUUCCAUGUUGUUAUCCUGUGUAUAUUUUUUGCUCACCUUCCCGCUCUAGAACGUAUGCAUUUAGAGGAUUGUGACAGUCACUGGGUAGUUAUUUAAAGACGGUGACUGUUUCUCUCUGGUUAUAAAGUCAUGCAUCCAACGUGACGAGGAGCCUUAUCCCCAGAGGGAAUGCUGUCCGCACGCAUACAUGCACACGGAACUACUGCGGGAGAGGUGCUGUCACAAGCCAAGAACCUCCUGAUUUCAGACGUCUGGGCUCCAGAACUGUGAGACAACAUCUCUCCCUUGCUUUCAGCCACCCAGUUCAUGGUACUUUGUGAUGGCAGCCCCAGGCGUUCCUUCAGUACGGUGAGGUUAAACUCAUAUAUGACGGCAAGACAAAAAGUUUAACAAAAAUUUUUCCUGCCCUUUGGCCUCCUCUCUCCCUGCCCACUCUGUGCCUUGUGUAUCUCAUGCAUCAACCGAACCUCCCCUAUUAGCAGGCACACCUGCUCAGCCGUGAAGGGCACCAGGCCCCCAGCAUCAGGCCAACUCCUUAAAGAUAGCAUUCCUUCUUGAUAAGGAGUCACUUGGUGCUUCGAUCUGGAUUGUGUAAACGGUCAAUAAUACAUCCUUUCAUGUACAGCCUUCUGUCUCCAAAAACAUAGACCUGCCUUCGCUUCUAACAGGCAUCUCAGGCCUUUCUGAGAUGCUCAUCCCAGGUUAUCCUCAAAUUUGACUCAAAUCAAAUUUCCCACUUCUUAGAUGGACUUGUUAAUUUUUUGUUGGCAGUACCUAUGUUGUUAAUUUCCAGUCCUUGGGAAACUCACCAGUGCAUUUCCUCUACUUUUCCGUCGUCGGGGGUGGGGGUAGGGGGGUGUCGAACCAGGUUGAUUGGUUCUGCUACAGAGUCUUUGCUGUCUGACCUCGGGGAGGCUUUGUGAGCUGCUGGGUAAACAAAACUUGAUCCUUUCAGCCCUGGCAUUUCCUUUACGUUUUCUGUCAUGGAAGUUGAUUCCAAACCUUUCCCUCUUAAAGCAAAAGCCUUCAUACUCCUGUAGGAGAGGUAAAAGGUCCCUUCUACUUCCCUGAGAUUUUUAGCUGGGACGCUAACAAAAAGGCAGAUUAAAUGAGAAAAACAGUUUUAUCAAUGCACAUGGCACACAUCAUCCAGGAGAAACAUACAAUGAAGACUUAAAGCAGUGGUGAAGAGUUCUGGCUUUCCUUUGCAUCUUCAACAAAGAACAAUAUAGGUGUGUGGAGAAGUGUGAGGACACAGGAAGGCAGUUUGAGGCUUCCAGGGGUUGCAGACUGGGAAGGGAAAUCUAUGCAAGGAAAGCAGCAGGCUCUUCUGGCGCUGCCUUUGGGCUGAGUGAGUCUCCGGUGAAGGGGGAGUUUGUAUUCUGCCUUUAGGAUGUCUGGAUUUGCUGCGUCAUAAAUGCCUUCAGCUCAAAAUAAUUUUUAUAUCAAAGAGGCAUAUUUUGAGGUGACAUUCUGGUUUCCUUCAUUGCUUCUUAUUGCCAAGAACUUGCAUCUGAGAAAAAAAAUUUUUCUUCGCACUUUACCCAUCUGAUUAAUGCUUCUUUGCCUCUUUUAGGGGCUUGAUAUUGGACCCUCUCUCACCUCCUCAGGUAUGGGGUGGGACCCAGGUGUCAUAUUUGUUAAAAAUCAACUCCUCUAAUACAUCUGAUGUACAAAUGGGAUUAAGAGAUGUGUCAUAGUUUCCUAUUUUCCUUAGUUUCUCUGAAUUUUUUACUCAGUGUGAUAAAAAACUCUUUAGGAGGGGUAUUUAUUCAGCUUUUCUCAAGUUUAUUUCACCAGCAGUGAAGACUCUCCAGGAGACAGUUUGACAACCACUGUUUAUCUUGCACUUUCUUUUUUGUUUGUUUUUUGUCUUUUUAGGGCCGCUUCCAUGGCAUAUGGAGGUUCCCAGGCUAGGGGUCCAAGUGGAGCUAUAGCCGCCGGUCUAUGCCACCGCCACCGCAACUUGGGAUCCGAGCCGCGUCUGCGACCUACACCACAUCUCACUGCAACGCCGGAUCCUUAACCCACUGAGCGAGGCCAGGGAUUGAACCUGCGUCCUCAUGGUUUCUCAUCGGAUUCGUUUCCACUGAGCCACGACGGGAACUCCUGCCUUGCACUUUCUUGAAGUGAUCUUGACCGUCUCACAUUUCAACCUAGAUUUGGGCCCACAGCCCCCAAACUUGGUGGGCACAUGCUUUAAGCCACCCGUUCUGUGUGGCCCUGGAUUAGGUUCUGCUGAAGUCUCUUCCCCUGGAGACCAGGCUUUUGUUAAGGAAAACACAGGCACAUUUUUUUUUUUUUCCUCAGGGUUUUCUGUUCUUCCCCUCCCUGCCAGAGUCAUAAGGUUUCUCAGCUUUUCACUCUGGGACUUUGGUGGGGUUCCUGGAGGUAAAACCCGUGAAACUAUGCAACUACCCCAAUACUGAAGCCCCUCUAAGUUCCUUACUUUUAAGCUAGCCCACCCUCAACCUUCAGCAAUUCAUCACAACUACCGUUUAAGUAUUUCAACUGGUUGUUGGCUCCAGUGGACUUGGCUUCCAUGUUGAGCAGACUCGGCUUCAACUCUGCAAAUGUGCCUGUGUAUCCAGAUUUUCGGGUGGCAGUUUGUCAUUAAACCUCAGUUCUCUGAUGGGUCCAAGAAAAGCCACUGAUUUUCAGUUAUCUUUUUCUUGUAAGGAUGUAAGUAAGUUAUGAUCUCCCAAUUCUUUACAUGUUGGAGCUGAAACUGGAAGCUUUCUUUUAUAAUAUUAACAUAGCUUUCUUACAGAGCUCUAUAAUGGUUAAUUUCAUGUGUUGAUUUGACUGGAUUAAGGGAUGCCCAGAGAGCUGAUGAAACACCUCUGGAUGUGUCUGUGCGGGGCUUUCCAGAAGAGGUUAACAUUUGAAUCCAUUCCCUAGUGUGGGUACACGUCAUCCAGUCUGUUGAGACCCUGAAUAGAACAAAAAGGCAGAAGAAGGGCACAUAUGUUCUCUGUUGAGCGAGGAUAUCCAUCUUCUGCCUUUGGACUUCUGUGCUCCUGGUUCUUAGAUCUCUAGGCUUGACUGGGACUUCCCCCAUUGGUCUCCAAUUUUGGGGCCUUUGGAUCUCAACUGGAACUUUCACCAUCAGCAACCCUGGUUCUCAGGCCUUUAGACUUGGCCUGAAUUAAACCACCAGCUUUCCUGGUUCUCUAGCUCUCUGCAGAUUGUGGAACUUCUUGGUCUCCAUGAUCACAUGAGCCAAUGGCCAGUGACUAUUUUAUUGAUUCUGUUUCUCUGAAGAAGAAGCUUGACUAAUUUCACUUCAUAUAGUUGGGUCUUGGUUUUUUCCUGUACGGCCUGUAAAUUCUGAACUGUUAUUCUAAACCCACUCAUCUUUAAAGUUACCGUUUGUAUAGUUGCAUUAAAAUAUACUGCCUUGCUCGCUGUUUUCCAUUAGCUUUAUUUCUUGUGUCUUUUUUCCCUUUUCUGUCUUCUCUAGUUUUAUUAUUUAAAAAGUAAAAUUCAUUUUAUCUCAUUUCCUUAUUAUUUACACUUCUUUUAAAAACUCUUGAGUCACUGCCCUAGAAUUUACAAUGUACAUUUUGAGAAAUCGGAAUCUACCUUCAAAGAUUAUGUUAUUUCAUGUGGUAGGGAAAGACUUUCUAACACUCUGAGCUUGCUUCCCAGUCCUUAUUCCAUGGUUGUCAAACAUUUCACCUAGGCAUGCAGCAAACACCCAACACAUGAUUACUGUGAAUGCUUUAAAUACUUACUUGUAUCUGGUGUGUUGAAAAAUGUUAGGAAAGAUAAUUGUUAUAGAAUCCCCAUGCCAAUGACUUAGAAGCUAUAGGCUACGUUCAAAUAGCCAAGAGACCUUCUGAGGAAAGAGAAAAAAAUCAGAGUUUCUCUGUAGUCUGGAUGCAGAGGGUUUAGCUUUUCAUUCUGGGUAACCUGGGCCGUUUCCAGGGUUAAAAGCAAGCAUGCAGGAGGUAGGUGAUUCUGAAGUGGGAAGGGUUUCCAGAGUCAAAGGGACGAGGGUCCUCUGAAUAAACCUGAAAGUAUAGCUUCUCUGUUCUUCGUCACAGUUGUACCAUCAUUGGUGUCAUGGUGUAGACCUACAGAAGGCUCGCCGAUAGGUCAUCUCAUUUUUGUUUCUCAGCAGGGUACACACUUUCAGGUCUUUUUUCUUUUUCCCUUGUAAAAAUCUCUGGCUUUAAAUCUGAAUCUACUUUCAGACAGUAUAUCACUUCAUGUGUAGUGAAAGACUUUAGUCCAUUUAUACUUAAUGUCAUUGAGUUUAAAUCUGUCAACUUGGUUUUUAAAAAUUUGCCCUUUUUUUCUUCUAUUACUCUUUUCCUACCUUCUUUUGAUUUAAUAAACUAUUUAAAAUUUUUAUUUUAUUUAAGCUAUUGGAUCUUUACAAUGCUCUGUGUCCUUUAAAAGUAUUUAUAAAUUUGACAUUUUGGUUAGCUAUUCUUGAACAAAGGUGACAAGAAUACACAGUGGGGGAAAUUUACAAGGCUUUUCAAUAAGUGGUUUUUGGAAAACUGGAUCUCCACGUGCAAAAGAAUGAAAUCAAAUCUGUAUCACACACCAUACACAAAAAUCAACUCAAAAUGGUUUAACUAAUUAAAGGUAAGACCUGAAAAUAUAAAACUCCCAGAAGAAAACAUACAGAAAAAGCUUGAAAUUGGCCUUGGCAAUGAUUUCUUAAAUAUGACAUCAAAAGCACAGGCAAUAAAAUUAUCAAACGAAAAAGCUUCUGCACAGCAAAGGAAACAAUCCACAAAAUGAAAAGACACCCUAUGGGAUGGGAGAAAAUAUUUGCAAACCAUGAUCUGAUAAAGGGUUAGUAACCAAAAUAUAUAAGGAACUCCUAUAAUUCAAUACUGAAAAUUAAAUGACCCCAUUAAGAAUGGGCAAAGGAUCU